AUGCCUUCGUGGAGGAGAAGGAGAAGAGCGUCUACCACAUGCGUGGAUGAGAAACACAUUUUGAAUACCAAGCAGCUCGCAAAUCUCCUGCGAAGAACAGGAAGCAGUGGUGUCGAUGGCUCGGGUAGUCCAGAAGAGGAUGACCAGGAUGAGGAUGGGCCGCCAAUGAUCAAAGCCAAAACGGACUUCGUGAGGACAGAGCUCCUCAGGGAAACGGACGCUGGAAAGGCUGAAAACGACCGGGUGACCCAGCAGCAAAAGGACAUGGCGACUUUGCUUCUUUCUGACUGGGCUGACUCCAAAUCGGCUGGGCAGGGGCAGAAAAGCCCAGCAAGCAAAGACGGUGGACUGUCUUCUCAGCGCAAGAGAUUGGAUGGGCGACGCCGUUCCCGUGAGCUCGAGGCUUUGCUCUACUUCGAUGGGGAGGUGAGGCCGCCCGAAGAACCACAGCUAGACGAUGUUGCUGAUGUGCAGGUCUCCCAAGAAGAACGGUACUGGCAGGACAUGUGGCACAUGGCCAAAGCCACGUACAAGGACGCAGAGGUGGCAGAUGCCUUCGAGAAGGAGCUGCCCGUUGGCCCGCUCGAAGUUGAUGGACCAGGCUACUGA